AAGAGACCAAAACCAGGCGCACGGAGACAAGAAGAGCCUGUUCUUCGGUGCGUCAUUGUCUAUAUGCUGGUCAAUGUUAAUGUGUUUAAUGUGCCAUGAGUUGAUGUUUGCCAUCUGACCAUAGCUUCUCUCUGCUUUUUCGUGCCGCGGUUUCUCAUGCGCGUUGAACCGCUACAUCGACACCACGCGGAGUGAACGGCCUGGCGUUUGGUGAAGAAUUCCUUUCUUGCCAUCGCAAUGUCUGCGUCAAGAGUCGGACGAGCAUCCCUGGCAAAGGCCAAAGUGCCUGUUCCGAGGGCAGGGAGUAGGAUCCCCGCGAAGAAACCAGGCUCGCAAUCGCAACCGGCCCUUUUAAAACGCACAAAUCCGCAUCUUGUAAACCUCAAAACCGAACCCCCAGCCUCGACUUCCGCCUCAUCCAGAGUAUCACCCAAGUCGCUCGCCUUUUUCGGCGUUGGUGUUCUCCUCGUCGGCAUCUACAGCGGUUCCCUCUACGCGACAUACAAGCAAGAAGUGAAGGAGGCGCGAACCCUCCAGGUCCCCGACGACGUGUCAGACCGGUACAAUGACACGGCAACUGUCUACGACUCGGAGGUGGACAUGUCGGAAAGACUCAUGCGCAUGGGCAAGAGACGGAAGGAGCUCAUAAAGCUAGCGCACGGAGACGUCCUCGAGAUCAGCUGCGGCACAGGGCGCAACAUGGAAUACUACGAAUUCGGACAGCGAAGAGGCAUAGACGAGAAGGGCCGGGCCAAGAUCUACGGAUGUCGCACGGUGACGUUCAUCGAUCUCAGCCCACAGAUGGUAGACAUCGCGCGGCAGAAAUUCGAACAGUUAUAUCCUAAUUACGAGAAGAAUGGCCGUUCCCUCGCGGCGGCUGUUUUGUUUAGGGUAGAGGACGCGAAGGACGUACAGCCCGUUGGUCUCUCUUCCGAGAAGAAUGGGACAGCACCUAUACCUCCUUCCAGGCCGUACUUUGAUACGAUCGUGCAGACGAUGGGGAUCUGCUCCAUGCCUGACCCCAUUGCUACGCUGCGCCACCUGGGUACCAUUACGGAGCCGCAGAAUGGGCGCAUUUUACUUCUGGAACACGGACGGUCGUAUUACGACUGGCUGAACCGGAUCCUGGAUAACCUGGCGCCCGCACAUGCGGACAAGCAUGGAUGCUGGUGGAAUCGGGAUAUCGGGGAGAUUGUGCGACAGAGCGGGUUGGAAGUGGUCGAGGAGAAGCGGUGGCAUUUGGGGACUACAUGGCGGUACGUUUUGAGGGUGAAGGGGGAGGCUGAGGGGAAAUAGGGGAUUCUGCGGCAUGGGUAUGGAGUAUGGUUUACUUGUAUGUGUGUAUAUAUAUGUUAAUCGAAGGCAUCAU